AUAAAUCCUACCAAACUAACCAACUCACUCCAACAAAACUCUACUCAAAAAACCAAACAAACUCAAAACCAAACACAAAAAUGUGCGCAACAUUGAAGAACAAUUACCAGCUUUGCGAGGAGAUCGGCCGUGGAAGAUUCGGCACCAUCUCACGGUGUUUCUCUCCGGCCACCGACUCAUCCUUCGCCUGCAAAAUCAUCGAUAAAACUCUGCUCACAGAUCCAACUGACCGUGAAUGCUUACUCAAUGAGACCAAAAUUAUGUACCUGUUAUCACCGCAUCCGAACAUUGUUCAGAUCCACGAUCUGUACGACACGGAGGACUCGCUAACCCUAAUUAUGGAGCUGUGUGAGCAGUUUACUCUGUAUGAUAAGGUAGUUAAGAGUAACGGCGGAUUAAGCGAGGCGAAAUCGGCGACGGUUAUGAAAGAACUGUUAACGGCGAUUGCUCAUUGUCAUAGAUUAAAUGUUGUUCACCGUGAUAUUAAGCCGGACAAUAUUCUGUUUGAUUCGAGGAAUAGAGUUAAACUGGCGGAUUUCGGCUCGGCGGAUUGGAUCGGGGAGGAUAGUACGAUGAGUGGAGUUGUUGGAACGCCAUAUUACGCGGCGCCGGAGGUCGUUUUAGGGAGGGAUUAUAAUGAGAAAGUGGAUGUUUGGAGUGCUGGUGUCGUUUUGUAUGUUAUGUUGGCUGGAUUUCCUCCGUUUUAUGGCGAGACUGUUGAGGAGAUUUUUGAGGCGGUUAUUCGAGGUAAUCUUAGGUUUCCGCCGCGGAUUUUUAGAAAUGUCUCGCCUGAGGCUAAAGAUCUGUUGAGAAAGAUGAUCUGUAAAGACGUUUCCCGGCGAUUCUCAGCUGAACAAGCCCUAAGGCAUCCAUGGAUAGUGAACGGAGGAGAGACAAUUUCGAUGGACUAAUUUGCCCUCAGUGAAAUCCCAAAAUUACAGUUUCUGACACCCCAACUGAAGCGCAAUAACUUAUCUACUGUGUACAUACGUUAGUACGACUAUAACCUAUCACGAAGAGCUCAUAAAGAUCUAAUGUCCCACAUGGCGAGUAAAGGACAAAAAUGGUCACAUGGGAGUGGCUCUAGUACCCAAAAAACCGAGCCUAAUUUUGUAAUUUUGCUGGUUUUUAUUUUUGUUUUUUUAUUUUUGGUGUCGGAGAGAAUCUAGAGAGAGGGUAAAUAGAUAAAAGGAAAAGGGUUGAGAAUCCUGUCUUUCCCCGCCUUUACUUUGGCCUGUUUUUUUUGGACUAAAGGAAGUGAGAAAGCUAAAGAUGUUAUUAGUAGUUAAUAAUAUAUUUAAUGUUUUAAUA